AUGUCUUCCAAUUUGACGAUGCCCCCGCAGGCCUUGGGCAGUGGCGGUGCGCAGGGGGAUUCUCAGCGUACGCCGCAUAUUAUACGUAGCCGAACCGCCUCGCCGGAUAAAAAUAAAAUGAACCAAUACACGAUAAAACUUCGCGAGCGAAUUGUUGAAAUUUACGGCAGCAAUCGGACGGUAUGGGCGCUACCACCGCUGAUGAAGGUGCACACCCCAUGCCAUAAAUUUGGACUCUCAUGCCCUCCCGAGUACGUGGAGUUUUUGGAAGAUAUUCUCCGACAGGCUCUACGGGAAAAUCCUACAUGUAAGCUCAAUCUCAGCGAAGGCUGCGAUAUCGUCUUGUUAAAUCUCACGCGCUGGGUUUUCACCGGCGACUGCGUUCCCGUUGAGAAUGGAAGCAAGGCGGCGGCGCCAUCGUACUUGAAUUCCUCAUCGGCGGGCAAAAUCGGUACGAUAUCAGGCUCCUGUCCAACCACAAGUAUGGCAAACGAAAAGGAUCCCAAAUCGCCUUCAACGCAUCCAAUGGUAUCCUUUACGGGGAAUGAAGACUACGAGUUGGAGCGUCUUACCCUUCUUGACAAUUUACAGCAAUAUGUGCGAGUGUUGGAGAAUAAGCUCGCGCAGGUUCGUCGGGCGAGGUGGUAUGGCGAGGCCCCUGAAGGGCAUCGUACCCAAACCGGCGAUCUCGAACUUUCCUUUCGAGUGAAGGAAUAUGCCAUUUGGAUUUCGAAAACUUUACAGGAAAAGACUGGGGCCGAGCGUUAUACACGCUGUGCAGAGCAAAAAAUCAAGACUUGGUUAAUUGAGAUCUUUUUUGUAAUCGAUUGGCCGCUUAAUUGGCUUUUUUAUUACCUUUUUCUGCGUUUGUUGCCCUGUUCAGCGGUAGUGGCGUUUGGGGUGUGGGUGUGGGCGGAUUUGCCCUGGCCUGAUAGCGUCGUGAGCUACGUGUUAAACCUUCCGAAAGCGCGGCCCGAGGGGUCUUACGAUGAAAAUCAAACCAAAAUGCCCGUAUCGCACUUGAAAGCGUCGUUUUUGCAUGCAAUUGCUGAGAAGUUCGGUGCUGAGGGUAGUUCUUGUCCUUUCGCUCGUUCUCGUGAUGAAGUCGAACAUGAUGGGGUCGUUCAAACCGAACGAUCCUCUACAUCCCUGGGGCUCACAACCUUAGAAAAUGAGAAGAACUCAACUCAGAGCCCUAAAUUAGCCUCUCACAGCGUUCAAGAGGGGUCUGAACGUGAAAAAGCAUUGGCUAUUCCCUCAUUCGCUCCAUUGCACACCAGACCUGAGGAUUCACUCAAUAUUUUUCAUCAUCCGAUGCAUUCUUUGACGGGUACACGCACAACCACCCUGGAAGAACGUCAGUAUGAUCGUCAGGUUGCCGUUUCCUUUACGCUGAUCGAUGAUUACUUUAAUAUUGAUUCAACCUAUUUUCUUUUUUUAAGGCUGCGGCUUGCGUUUUGUUUGUUUACUUUGCUCGCGCUUCUUUGGUGUAGUUUUGAGUGUUAUCGAUAUGGGCAUCGCAUUUUUGCCGAUAGCGGCGGUUCGCAAUGGUUAAGCAGGUUUGAGAGCUCCAGCGGGGGAAAUUCUCGUGAGAGUUGGCUGACGAUAAAUCGACUUCAUCUUCAUUUUUCUUCCGCCCUUUCUGUUUUCACAAGCGGAGCUGGAAGGUUCCUUCGACGAUUACUGCCUUCGUGGAUGUCGGCUUCGAUCGGGUUGUAUGUGUUGUAUUCCUUUCUCGGAUCGGUGGUUUUGGUGGCAUUUCGGGAAACGUUUAGCGCUUUUCAGGAACUUCUGGAUGGGGAAAGCGAGUCGGCGGUUCGGCAGAUACCUAUUUUACGGCUUGAUCCUGUCGUAGAAAUGGAAUAG